CAGUCGAAUAGGCCCUGAAGAAAGCUAGGGGCCCGGGGUCUUGGCCGAGGCCUUUAGCUGAAACACCUCCUUCCCCGGAACCCUGGGGUCCUACACACUGGGUUCCCAGCCGGUCUAAUCUUCGGUUGGACCGCCUCGCCGCCCUCAAGGAUUCUGCUCAAAUAUGGAAGGCCGGGUCGGUUGCCGGGUACUCAAAACGAUAACCGCCACUGGAUCUGCGCUGUGCGGUACGGUAGCCUCUAGUCCGAACUGAGAAAUGUGCAGAUGGGAGAUACACACUGGAUUUCAGAGAGAGCGCACAAAGAGUGGCUAAAAAAAGGAAAAGAACAUGGAGGCAGAUAUAAUCGUAAAUCUUCGAUGCAAGCUCAAAGAGGCUGAAGAAGAGCGACUAAAAGCUGCACAGUAUGGUUUACAACUUGUGGAGAGUCAAAAUGAAUUACAGAAUCAAUUGGAUAAAUGUCGUAAUGAAAUGAUGACCAUGACUGAGAGUUAUGAACAAGAAAAAUAUACCCUUCAAAGAGAAGUUGAACUCAAGAGUCGAAUGUUAGAAAGUUUGAGCUGUGAAUGUGAAGCUAUUAAACAACAACAAAAAAUGCACCUGGAGAAAUUGGAAGAACAACUAAGCAGAAGCCAUGGACAGGAAGUGAAUGAACUAAAAUCGAAGAUAGAAAAACUGAAAGUGGAAUUAGAUGAAGCUAGGCUUAGUGAAAAGCAGCUGAAGCACCAGGUAGAUCAUCAGAAGGAACUCCUCUCUUGUAAAUCAGAGGAGCUACGUGUAAUGUCUGAACGUGUGCAGGAAAGCAUGUCUUCAGAGAUGCUGGCUCUUCAAAUUGAGCUGACAGAAAUGGAGAGCAUGAAGACCACCCUCAAAGAAGAAGUGAAUGAACUACAAUACAGACAAGAACAGCUAGAACUUCUUAUUACUAACCUAAUGCGCCAGGUAGACCGGCUUAAAGAGGAAAAAGAGGAGCGAGAGAAAGAAGCAGUUUCUUACUAUAAUGCCUUAGAGAAAGCUCGUGUAGCAAAUCAAGAUCUUCAGGUACAGUUGGACCAGGCACUCCAGCAAGCCUUGGACCCCAAUAGUAAAGGCAACUCUUUGUUUGCAGAGGUGGAAGAUCGAAGGGCAGCAAUGGAACGUCAGCUUAUCAGUAUGAAAGUCAAGUAUCAGUCACUAAAGAAGCAAAAUGUAUUUAACAGGGAACAGAUGCAGAGAAUGAAGUUACAAAUCGCCACGUUGCUACAGAUGAAAGGGUCUCAAACUGAAUUUGAGCAGCAGGAACGGUUGCUUGCCAUGUUGGAACAGAAGAAUGGUGAAAUAAAACAUCUUUUAGGUGAAAUUAGAAAUCUGGAGAAAUUUAAGAAUUUAUAUGAAAGUAUGGAAUCUAAGCCUUCAGUCGACUCUGGUGCUCUGGAAGAUAACACCUAUUAUACAGAUUUACUUCAGAUGAAGCUAGAUAACUUAAACAAAGAAAUUGAAAGCACUAAAGGUGAAUUGUCCAUACAGCGAAUGAAAGCAUUAUUUGAGAGCCAACGGGCUCUGGAUAUUGAGCGAAAACUUUUUGCAAAUGAAAGAUGCCUCCAGCUUUCAGAAAGUGAAAAUAUGAAACUGAGAGCUAAACUAGAUGAAUUAAAACUAAAAUAUGAACCUGAAGAGACAGUUGAAGUGCCUGUACUGAAAAAGAGGCGUGAGGUGCUGCCUGUGGAUAUUACCACCUCUAAAGAUGCAUGUGUCAACAACGGUGCUGUCGCGGGAGAAGUUUAUCGAUUACCGCAUCAGAAAGAGGAGACACAGUCCUGUCCUAACAGUUUAGAAGAUAACAACUUGCAAUUAGAAAAAUCAGUUUCUAUACACACACCAAUAGUCAGUCUCUCUCCUCACAAAAAUCUGCCCAUGGAUAUGCAGCUGAAGAAGGAAAAGAAAUGUGUGAAACUCGUAGGCGUUCCAGCUGAUGCUGAGGCCUUAAGUGAAAGAAGUGGAAACACCCUUAACUCUCCCAGGUUAGUGUCCUGUUUUCCUCCAGGCAGCCAGCAGACCUCUCCAUCUCUCCUCUCUCGCUGCAUGAACUGUGCUGUCUGUUUCUUUAUCUACUUUCUUACUAUUGCAUGCAGUAUAAUUCCUCAAUUUCAUCUACCUACCUUCAACUUUUCCAGAACUUUAAGAAAGACUAAACUGAUUGCAAAGGGAAAGGACUCCUGAAUAAGGGAAUCACAUUAAAAAGUUACAUGUUUCUGUUUCAUGAAAGGAAAUAUCACAGUCUAACACAUCUCUGAAUGUUUUAUCAGUUUGAAUAAAUGUUCUGUUAUUUUUCUCCUGGUUCAAGCAUGGCCAUGAAAGAAAAAUCAACUUACUUUCUCAAAGGGCUUUCUAGUAGUCUGAGAAAUUUCAGCCUUCUGGAAAACUUAGGUGAAUUUUUUAUGUCUUUUGAAGUUGCUUAUUCCUAGGCUUGCAAAAAUGGGCUUUAAUACUUAUUUUGACAUUUUUACAUAUCAAAGCUUUUCAUUGUUUCCAAAACUUGAAAGCCUCUAGUUUCUGCAUAAUUGAGUUUUUUACUCAAAGAAAUAGUGUCAGAUAUGUGUGUCUGAAGGAAUUAAUGUCCCAAGGGCUUUGUCCUUUAAAAAUAAUCGAGGUCAGAAGGUAAGAGAAAGUGAAUGGAAGGGAAAGGUAAGUAGGAGUGGCUGAGGCUCAAGUUCUGGAUGUGCACAGCAGAAGAAGCGAAUGAGGAAAUUAGAGAAAGUGAAAGAUGGAGGAUGCAUGCAAUGGAAUUGUUAGAGGCAUUUAAAACAAAUAUCUAGACAUUCAAAAAGAUGUGCCAAUAGCUAGCCUGGAUUAUCUCGUAUGAAAUGCGAUCUUGAAGGUGCUACUAGGGCUACAUUAGUCUUAGAGAGUAGAGACAGAUUAAUAAGACAUUUUACUAAUGUGCAUUUGAGUAGAGAGAGUAAGACACAGCCCAGUGUAAAAGGGCUUCCUUAUAUGUUUUAUCUGAUUUCUCUCCAAGUCUUCAGUGCUACUAAAUGUAAUACUCAACAGUAAAAGCACUUUAACAAUGUUAGUGCUAUUAUUAUAAGGGAUAGUAAUUUAUUACUCCCUCCUUGGAGUUUUAUAUAAUGUUAUAAGCUCUGAGUCACAUAAAAUAAAAGCUUACUAUUCUUAAGGAAAAAGUAACUUCAAAUGAGUAUCUGCCACAUACACAUGGUUUCAAAGAGUUCUGAAAUGAAUCCAGCAGGUUAUGCCUGUGUAUAUGUAUGUGAUGCAUUGUAUAAACAUCCUUGACCACUGUGUAUUUCUGGAGGUGAAUUUCCAGAAUUGAUAAGUGCCAGCCUUGCUAUCUGUAUUGUCUUCAUUCCUUUUUCUGCCUUUUUUUGCUUGAUAAAAAUCACUUAAGCAAAUGUAUGUGGCUAAUUGACUCAAGUAGCACGUUGGAAACUUUUUGUCUUGUUAGUUAAACAAAAAAUAAAAUACCACAAAACGUU